AUGAAACGGAACACCGCUGCCGGCCGUCAACAGACGGAGAGACAGGCUCACUAUCUUUCGAGUAUCCGUAUUGGGUUGUGCUGGGCAUGGCAUCGUGGCCGUGGUGGCAUCCAACAGCAACACAAAAAAAGUGGCCGGGGAAAGAGAAAAAAACCUGGAGCCACAGACUUCAAUGACGAGAAGUGGAUGAUCCAAUCAUCAAUCGAAGAUAAAAGCGGGUUCCACCAGACACAGCGCCAAGAACAAAUGCCAAGCUUCCACGAGGGCCAACAUGCCAAGAGGAAAUACAUCGACGAGGUACCUGACCUAAGAAACGAGCAAUGUAACUGCCCAAAACCAAAGAAACAAAACACAAUGUGGAAGGAAGCUUGGGAAGAAAUGAAGGAACGUCACCGCAUGGCCCGCAACGCCAAGCGGCUGGCUGAAUUGGGACGUCAUGAUUCGAUAGCCAAGCCCGCCUCUUGUGGCAAGUACCUUUUCGGCGUGAUCUGUAGCGUCAAGUACUUUGAACUUUCCAUCGAGACGGCCGCCCAAUCACCAGAUGGACGCAUCCUCGGGAGUACGUAUCUUUCCGGGGCUAGGAACACCCGGCAUUCGACCGCUCACUACUCCAGGUACGUACCUGGCAAGCUCCAGCCGUCUGAGCGUAUGAUCUUCUCUGCCGCUGUCACCGUCAAUUUGCACCUUGUUUUUCCAUCUUUCGGCUUCAAUUCCUCAAUCCUGAGCUCCGCGGUUCCCGUUAAGAUACCUUACGGAUACUCACCGACACAACUCGAUCAGCCUCGAGCAUUCAGCAUGAUCGAUAUCCGUCCUCCCGAAUUCCAACAAAGCUUCCACGAUCCACCUACUCAAGGGCCAAGCACUGCCCUCAACAUCCGGGAGAAGCUUCAGGUCGCUCUCCAUCCCGCCCAUGUCCCGCCUCUGCAGAAGCAAUACCCAUGGCCCAUGAGGUGGAUGAGGAGGGGUGGGCCGCAUCGAUAUGGUCCCGGUCGUGUGCUUCCAAGACCUCUCUCCGCCCAAUCAUCCUCCAUCUCAUCCACCCAGCGCCGCCCCAAACGGCAUCGCUUUCUGUCCAGGCCUCUGAUCACCGCCCCAGUGUGGCAGAGCCAUGCACCCGUGGCACAACCACCGACGCAUCAUGGAUCGAUGGAUACGCAGUACGGACUACGGAGCACACGACGAUAUCGCGCCUCCAGACUUUCCAUUGAAGGCAUUCCCUUCCUUUCCGCCCGCUGUCAACCAUGUCUCCGCUGCGAACCCCGUUGCUUCGACUUGGUUCGCCGCCACAGACUGAGAAAGUCCUUGUUACGGCGUUUUUGCGGACCAACCCAAAUUGCGCUCAAUGUUCCUCGGAUUUAUCACGCGGCGAACCUCUUCUUCCAUCGUUCCCGAUACGAAGUUUGUCUGGCGCAGUGUAUCCGUACGGAGCUCAGAGUUCGGAUACGCUUGCAGAUACCUACAAAUACGGUUAAUUUGCCCAAGAAACGCCGCCAAGCACGAGAGCCAUCGCGCAUGCGCUUGGAUUGCUCGCCCUUGAAGACGUCCAUUCAGGCUCUUGCGGCUCCUCUAGACACCACGCCACGCCCAAACACCAUGUUAUUCGCACCAGCACGGAUACUACCUAGUGAUACCACGAUAAUCGAUAACACCCUAUCCCGUAGCACGAUGCUUUCUUGCAAAUCUCUCUGUGACUGUCACCUCACAAAGCGAGAGGCGCAAGAGGUCGGGGUGGUGUCCAUCAUCAGCACCUUUACUCAACGUCUUAGACAUGCCUGCCAAGCGGAGAAGCAGAACGUUUUAAUGAUUGAUAUUCUUCUUUUUCUUUUGUGGCUCAAACGCCAUGAUUUCAGCACUUUGUCACGUACCGGCCCAGAUGGCACAAAUUGUUAUGCCUUCAAUCAAACUCCAACUGACGAGCUCUUUGGGUUUCUUGAGAUUCCGUCGGUUCCGCUGCGCUGCCCACGCCUGAGGGGACCGGCAAAUGUCAGCAGGUCGGUCUUUACCCGGCCGUCUAUCGGAGUCUCUCGCCAUGGUGCGCGGUGUAUAUCUCUUCCCCACGACCCCUCAGGCUCUUCGUUCUCGUCAUGUAUCGGUGGACCCUGUAAUCCACAAAACCAGAGGUUGUGCCGCCGGGUCAGCGAGGAUAGACAGGCCAUUCGCUGGAAACCUUCCGCUCCUGUGUCGAGCCAGGCAAGGGAUGGGGAGGUGCAGCGAAUUGGCCAUAGGCCUCAGGAAGACCAUUGUCGAAAACGGAACAAAGCGCUGCAGCAGGAUGCAGACGCAGGUCACAGGUUGCAGUGGUGUGCAACAUUCUCGCACUGGACAGGUCUGCGACUCUCCGCCAAGGUUCAAGGUCAACCAUUCCGCCAAGAUCGCAAGAGAGCCACCGGAUGGAAAGGAAAAGCGGGGGUUGGGCCCUCCAGGAAGCGUGCAAGAUCUUCCUGCGUCUCCGCCAGAGGCCUCCGCUUCAAAGGUCACUCCUCUCUCGGGCACGCCGUCUCCUCCAAAGGCCAAGACUUCUGCCCAGCACUACUCCGUAUGGAUACGUCCAGCCAGACUCUCGAUUUCUGGGCGUUUGAGCCAAGCUCUGCUGCAUUUGUCGCCGAUGGAUCCCCCCCUCUGGCCACCGUCUUGACCGUCUUGUCGUUCCGUCUCGCUGCCUCGAGAGGUUCCAGAUGCUCGAUUUCGGGCCCCAUGCCCUCCCCUGACUCGGGCCUCCGAGUACCCCUCCACGGCUCCGGCACAAGGUCGCGGUUCCUCAUCACAGGCACCUGCCGAUCCAACGGGCUUGGGCGUGGCACUCAAUGGCAUCCCGACCUCGCUUGCAAUGCUGCCAUGAUGAUAGCAGCAGUGCGGAACACCCAAUCUUAUUUCCCACAACCCGUUGUCGAAUUUACCGCCUCCCCAGCGAGCAGCGAUCGCAAGCAGGCCAACACAAGCUCACGUCUCAAGCUCCAUGCGGCUGGCGAGAAAGAAGGCAUAGAAAAGUUUUGGGACUAUUGCAGCGCAGAACUAAACAUACCACUGCCCCGCGCGCCAAGAAAUGCUGCGACCAGCGCAACAACGCACAGGAAUCCGGGCACCACACCGGCACUUGAUCGCUUUUCACCGCUGCUUGUCUUUCUGUUGCCCAGCCGCCGACCCAACCCUAAUCUGAUUCCUGGUUCGAUGCCUUGCUCGCCAGCAAUGGUGCUCGUCGUGGGAGCUGACCGGACCAUGGACCAAUACCCCCGAGAUAGCCCGGUUCACUCGAUUAAGCUUAAGGUCCAGACCAGGAACCUCAGGCGCUGGCAACGGCAGGCAUUUUCCCAACCCCUCGCUUUCAUCGCGGAGUUAUCCCGAGCAUCCGAAGUGUUCUACUCGUCCGUACCUGAUCCCAGGUAA